ACACCCGGCCCGGCUGCUGCUGCUGCUGCUUUAUUUACAGCUUCUCCUCCUCCCCGGCCCCCGCUCUCCACCAUUGCUUUUCUCCAGUCCUGACACCCCCAACCUCCUCGGCACCAUUAUUCCGUUCGGCCAUUCCCAUCGCCCCCCUCGCCCUUCCUUCCUGCCGGCAACCGGCCACUUCUGCUGCGCCGCCCCGCCGUGCUCGCACUCCACCGGCGACAUGUCGAAGAAAAUCGUGGUGAAGCUGGACCUGCACGACAACAAGGACAAGCAGAAGGCCAUCAAGGCCGUCUCGGCGCUCACCGGGAUCGACGAGAUCUCCGUGGACAUGGCGUCGCACAAGAUGACGGUGAUCGGCAUGGUGGACCCCGUGAACGUGGUGAGCAGGCUGCGCAAGGCCUCGUGGGCGGCGACCAUCGACUCGGUCGGCCCGGCCAAGGAGCCCGAGAAGAAGGAGGAGAAGAAGGACGGGGAGGCCAAGAAGGACGGCGAGGGCGAGAAGAAGGACGGGGAGGCCAAGAAGGACGGCGAGGGCGAGAAGAAGGACGGCGAGGGGGAGAAGAAGGACGGCGGCGACGGCAAGAAGGCGGCGCCGCCGACGGAGCAGCAGAUCCUCGCCGAGCUGAUGAACCAGUACCGCGCCUACUACCCGCCCAUGCACACCCACUACUACGCCCAGAGCUUGGAGGAGAACCCCAACUCCUGCGCCAUCUGCUAGAAAGACCUCGUGCCGCAUGAGGUAAUCAGCUACGAUUACUUACCGUGUCUAGCUCAUGUGUAUAUAUCCGGAUUACCAGAGUAGGUCAAGGUUCUUGUGAACCAUGCAUGCUCCAUGCAUGCUUGCGUCGUGUAAAAGGCAAGAGAGAGAGAGAGAGAGAGAGAGAGAGAGAGAGAGAGAGAGAGAGAGAGAGAGAGAGAGAGAGAGAAUAGCGCCUACUCGUGUGGUCAUGGUCUCAUGGUGGAUACGCAGGGUGUCUCUCUGUACAUAGAAAAGCACGUAGUAUGAUGGUAACGGGAUGUGUAAGAGCUGUACUGUAAUGAUAUGUAUAGCUACAGUUUUGGACUUAAUUUUUAUAAAAGUGUUAUUAUUGAUA